AUGGCGGUUGGAACUGUCGUCAUUGCAUCACUGUGGUCAGAGCUUACAGACCCUGACCAAGCUAAUGAAUCUUACAGCAUAUUAGCAAAGGGUAUGCAUAACAUCAUUAUGGCAGUUAUAUUGAGAAAAUGCAGAAAUCUUGGUAAAAAAUCUGUGAAGCACCCUCUGCUUGGGACAAUGUCAGUGUUGUCGCUUUUGGUGAUCAUUUUUUGCUUGGCAUUUGCUGUUUUCUGGGAGAUGGGGAUCGAGGGAGGAGAGGAAAGCUGA